AUGUCUUCAACUUUGACAUUGCCCGAUAUCUUGAAGCUAUUGGAAGAUGUAUCGAGUUCCGAGGAAGAAAACCAAGUUGAGGAGGUAGCAUCACGUGUCCAGGACGACGGUCAAUCUGAAGAAGAGAGCCUAAGUGAUAUUACUAUGGACUCUGACAGCCCCGAUGACCACGAUGAUCAUGAGGACCAAGACGGCCACGAGGACCCCGAAGACCACGACAGCCCCGAAGACCCUGAAUCUCCCCCAGCAACGGCUGUCUGCUCAAGAUGCCGUGCCACAAAGCCUCUGAGUGAGUUUAUGGAGAACGAAAAACAGUUCAAGUCAUGUGUACCUUGCCUGGAGACCUGUCGCCGUUAUGCCCGGCGAACCACCCGUCGUCCAACUCGGCGCACAACUCGGCGCAGAACUCCAAGUGCAGCUCGGCGUACAGCUGGGCGUACAACCAAUGCCCGAAGUGGCUCACAGCGUCGACCUGGAAACAAUGGGGAUAUUCCUCCCACCGCAGAUGACCCAGCAUCCCACCCAUCAACUUUCGCCUGCUCGAAGUGCCGUUUCCGAAAGCCUUCCAGCGAGUUUUGGGAGAAUGGGAAACUGUUCAAGACAUGUGCGGGGUGCAGAGAAUCGAAUCGCCGUUACGCGGCCCGGCUAGCUGCUCGGUGA